AUGGACGAUAUCCUACCGGUUAUUCGAGGGAACUUGCGUCUGCUUGUGGAUAGCGCUCCGCUACGGUCGUACUGCCUUGCGGUUCACUUCAGCUUCACCAAAGAGACCAAAGCGGCAGCGCAGGCGUGCUUGGCGCUCCCCAUCGCAGUAAUACACUCUUCCAACGCCCCCGAACUCAAGCUGAUCGACGCCAGUGCGCUGUUGGACCUUCUACGUUACCACAAACGAUGCUCAGAGCAGGUCCUCGCCCUCAGAACCAAUCUCCCAUGGCGCAGAGCCGACUGGGUAUGGUUCCUAUGCACCGACAGCGGCAAGAAUUGUCCUCCCGCGCCCAAGGGAGUCACAAUGGCUGACGGGAAGUGCUGUAUUGCUACCAUGUGGUGGUACGAGUACAUGUACACCAUGUUCGAGAGGCUACAAUACACGCCGUGCAGUACAUCGAUUUCGGAAGAGACGCAUGCAUUCGACAAGGCAAUAAAGGCGGCUUUGAAGUGCCACCUGUGCGAAAAGCUCGCACAACAGCAAAUGCGUGCGUUUGUCAAGGAAUUGGGAAGGGUGGUGGACAACAAGGUCUCGAAGGUCAAGCUGGGAGCUUAA